UCAAGCUCCAGUCAGCUCCAGUCAGCUCCAGUCGUCACCCUUCCCUCCCUCCUCUUUCACCAUGUCUGCAGGUCCCGCAACUCCUGCAAGCGCAUCUCUCUACUCGUCCUACUCGGCAAACACAUCCUCCUCAACCAUCGCCGCUCAACAGCGUCUCGCAUCCACCUCGAGGCACUCCCCUCACCCCUCCCUCCCCCCCAUCGCCAGCGCCAACAUCCUCGAUCGUCCCCUCAACCGCACACGCGCUUCAGAGGUAUCGCUUGCAGCAUGGGCGUUCAUGCUCGCAGAGAUCAUCUCGUACUCUCAAUCCCGAGUCGACAGCGUCAACGACCUCGAGAAGCGACUCUCAGCUCUAGGAUAUGAAGCUGGGCAACGCAUUCUUGCUCUUCUGUUGUUGCGGCAGGCGCAGGGCAACAACAUGAAGGAUCCACGCCGAGAACACCGUCUCAUCCCAAUUCUCCAGUUUGUCCACACCCAGGUUUAUCGGUACUGCUUUGGAAGGACAGCCGACGGUCUUGAGCGCAGCGUCGAGGGCGAAGACGAGUACAUGAUCACAAUGAACCAGCCGCCCUUGACACAGCACAUCUCGGUGCCAAAGGACAUGGGCGGGCUAAGCUGCGAGGCUUUCACAGCCGGUAUCGUCGAGGGCGUACUAGAUGGACUCGAUGUGCCUGCGCGCGUUACUGCCCACACCGUUGCCACCGACCAGUUCCCCCAACGGACUGUCAUCUUGGUCAAGCUCGACCAGCGCGUGAUGGAUCGCGAGGCGACAAUGGGCAAGUAGCCCACCCUCGCGCCUGCAUGAUGCCGCCAUAAGUGGAACCUGACAGGACGC